CAGAGCGCUUCACCAAUUGUCGUCUGUCCUGUUGUCGAGAGUGGAACACUUAGAAAAUGUUUUAAAGUAAAAAAUUGAAAGUUUUUUUUGUUUUUUGUGCAGUUUUAAGCAUUUGGAAUCAACGUGGAUUCCUUAUUUUUCAAGGACUAUUGUUUUGAGAAGAAAAAAUUUGCCUACAUGUAUGGAAAUAUGAGGGAAAGGGAGGACUUUCCUCGAAAUUUUCCACCGUAUCAACCAAUUCCAGGAUGUUCACCGCGGGCCUUGGGCCUCGACGCCUUACACAGUUUUUGUAAAGAAAUUUAUCCUAACCAAGGAAAUCCUCUCACUGUGACAGCUAUUGUUAAAUACUGGUUGGGUGGUCCAGACCCUCUUGACUAUAUAAGCAUGUACGAGAAUCCCGGAUGUCCAGAAAUUGGAGUUCCACCUCAUUGGCAUUAUGUCAGUUUUGGUUUAUCGGAUCUUCACGGAGAUGGUAGAUUACAUCCGAAAUCGGGUCCAGGUCGUCCCAGUGGAUUUGGUUUUGAAUUGACAUUUCGAUUGGUGCGAGAACGUGGCGAAACGACACCGCCAACAUGGCCUGCGAAUGUAAUGCAGCAAUUAGCGAAAUAUGUCUUUAAUUCUAGUAAUAUGUUAUUGCCGGGCGAUCACGUCUCUUGGCAUGCGGCACUCGACAAUGGAAAUGGUCGAAUUACGCAAAUUUUAAUGGGCAAAGAUCCACAAUUACCGUCGUCAGCCACCACUCCUUAUGGAGAAGUUUCUUUUGUACAAAUUAUCGGCGUGACGUCCGAGGAAUUACAGGCAGCGCAACAUUGGAACGGAUUGGGUGUCGUUAAUCUUUUAAAAACUUCAAGUGGCUGCGGACCUUGGCUCUUGACUGAUAUGAGAAGAAUCCACUCGAUAAUGGACGAGGAUCCAUCGGCAGCGGUUAAAAUUCAAAAUGGAAUCGAGAGAGAAGGCUCGAAUCUUAGUGGCGUUUCAGCGAAAUGUUGGUGGGUGCAAAUCUCCGGAGACAAAAGCAGGGAAAGAUAUCGAGAGAUAAGAGAAGAUUCUGACGAUGAAGAGGAUAUAAAACCAGUUGUAAAAGCUGAAAGAUUAUCGCCAUCGGAAAACGAUGAACAGGCGACGGAUGAAAACGGUGCCAAAACACUUCCUGGUCUUCAUUUGACUUUCAAUUUGGAGGCUGGAAGUUUAUUACCAUUAGCAAUAAAAGGACGUGUAAUGCAUGGUCGACAUUUCACGUUUAAAUCUAUUUUAUCGCACGCUGCGGUCACAAUCGUUGCACCUUCCGUCACAGGAACAUUAGUCACAAAAGACAAACCGUACGUCGUCCAGGGACCGUGGUUACAAGUUUUAUUGCCCGAGAAUUUGGCCGAAAGAAUGUCGUAUGAGUUUCAAAUUUUAAAUGUGCCUUCACAAAUACAGCUUCCAAAAACGUUCUCCUGGCCGGAACAUAAUCUCGCCAUAACAAUAGUUAAUGAUUAACGU